AUGGCACUCGUAAAUUCUAACAGGGAAAAUAAGCACAUAAUCAAACAACAAGCAAGAAACGCAUAUCUCACACUUUGUCGAUGUUUUAUGAAUAAAAAAGCAGUGUGCAUGGGUGGUAAAGCGUCGACAGUGUCGAAACAAACAAACAGAGAAAGUUACGAGAGCUCAGAAUUUUUAUUCGAAAAGGCGCUAACAUAA